UAGACACUAGACACACGUCAGGCGUCACCGUGCCUAGCUUGCUGCUGUCCGUGUCCGGCACACCGUGUAUUUAUAGCCCAGCACAGCUUGCUUGUAGGUCGACGAGAGUCGAGUCGAUCAGCUGACCUGGACACGGCGGAUCAGAGUCAGAGCGAAGCUGCUUGUAGUUGGGUGCAGCUAGCAGCCACUUGCUAGCCAGCCAGCCAGCCAGCAGUCGAUCGAGGCCAGGCGCGCGCGCGCGACGAUGGUGAGAAGAAUGGUGCUGGUGGCGGCGCUGGUGGUGGCCACCGUCGCCGUCCUCGCCGGCGGCGCGCGGGCGCAGCUCAAGGAAGGGUUCUACGGCUCCACCUGCCCGCAGGCGGAGAAGAUCGUCAAGGAGUUCGUCAAGGCGCACAUCCCGCACGCGCCUGACGUCGCCGCCACCCUGAUCCGCACCCACUUCCACGACUGCUUCGUCAGGGGCUGCGACGCGUCGGUGCUGCUCAACGCGACGGGCGGCAAGGAGGCGGAGAAGGACGCGGCGCCCAACCAGACGCUGCGGGGCUUCGGCUUCAUCGACCGCAUCAAGGCGCUGCUCGAGAAGGAGUGCCCCGGCGUCGUGUCCUGCGCCGACAUCCUCGCGCUCGCCGCCCGCGACUCCGUCGGCGUCAUCGGCGGGCCGUUCUGGAGCGUGCCGACGGGGAGGCGCGACGGCACCGUGUCCAUCAAGCAGGAGGCGCUGGACCAGAUCCCCGCGCCCACCAUGAACUUCACCACACUCCUCCAGUCCUUCCGCAACAAGAGCCUCGACCUCGCCGACCUCGUCUGGCUCUCAGGGGCUCACACGAUCGGCAUCUCCCACUGCAACUCCUUCAGCGAGCGGCUGUACAACUUCACGGGGCGCGCCGUUCCCGGGGACGCGGACCCGUCGCUGGACCCGCUGUACGCGGCGAAGCUGCGGCGGAAGUGCAAGACGCUGACGGACAACACGACGAUCGUGGAGAUGGACCCGGGGAGCUUCCGCACCUUCGACCUCAGCUACUACCGCGGCGUGCUCAAGCGGCGGGGCCUGUUCCAGUCCGACGCCGCGCUCAUCACCGACGCCGCCUCCAAGGCCGACAUCCUCAGCGUGGUGAACGCGCCGCCCGAGGUGUUCUUCCAGGUCUUCGCGCGCUCCAUGGUGAAGAUGGGCGCCAUCGACGUCAAGACCGGCUCCGAGGGCGAGAUCAGGAAGCACUGCGCCUUCGUCAACAAGCACUAGCAGGCGGCGGCCCAUCUGGCCGGGACGCCGGAAUUGAUGAGGGAAAUGGCUCGAUCGAAUGCAUUUUGCAGGCGUUCCUUCUCUCGGUGAUGUGGUGGACGUUGAAUUGUACAUCAUCAGUGCAUGGAUUCUGUUGUUUAAUUUGUAUGUUCAGUUUUUUUUUUUUUCUUGUUGUAUUCUUUUGGUUCUUUUUUCAUGUGUUUUCUUUUUUGAUGAGGUGUCUCACUUUAGUCUCUCGUUCAGCUGUAAUCGUGUAAUGCGCGCGUUUUGUUCUUGUGAUCUCUGCAACUGUAAUUUACUUUAGUGAAUGGUAUACAUGGAGAUAUAUUAAUAAUAUAAGGUGAGAUAUCAAUCAUAUGUCCUUA